ACUGUUAGCCACCAUCACCAACAUGUUCAAAUUCAGCAAACACGUGGACGGCUGAUGUGCUGACAAGCAGUGAUGAAAUAUAAAUUUAGGCAAAUUAAUAUAGUAUUUAUUACAAAUUACAAAUUAAGUUAGUAUUACGCUACGAUUCAUGACAAGAUGCUUCCAGCUAGCUGCUCCGAGUAAACAGUUUAAACAGCAAUCCUGUCACGAGCAUUACUUUGUUUGUUUCCUGACCUAAAGCAGCAAUGAAAGCCAAACCAAACCAAGCCAAAGCCAAAACGAAGAUAAAGAAAAAGCGCAAUCAUGCUAACGUUAACCACAAUAUCGGGAAAAAUUACAGGAGAUGUUUGAUUUGUGGUAAGCAGUACGGAGAAAAGAAUUUGACCAGUCAUAUACAUUCUUAUGUGCACCAUGAGGCAAUCGAGCAUAUCAAGAGGAGUAAACAGUUGCAUAACUGUUUUGCUUGUAAUGUGUCUUUGAUGGGACUUGAGAUGUAUAAGGAGCAUAUUUCAACCCCUGAGCACACACAUGGGUUGUUUCUUCUCCACACUAAAGGGAAACAAAAGGAACUUCGAGAGGACUGCGAUAUUGCCCUUACUAAAAAUGAACUCAGAGCCCUUAAAAUACAGCAACAAAGGAAGCAACAACACAAAGAUUGCAGCACUUGUUGCAUAUGCUGUAAGAGUUUCCCUGUACAGGAUAUCGAUGUACAUAUGCACAGUGGUUCACACCAUCAGAGGAUUGAGCAGCUGAAAGGCAGACCACAAGUGCAUAAGUGCAGGGCUUGUGAGUUGUCAUAUGCAUGUUUGGCAGAGUUUAACCUGCAUACCCAAACUAUUGAACACCAAUACAUGAUGUUUCAACUCAAGAAGAAUACGGCUGAUGGACAGUUUGUGGACUACAGUGCUGAUAUGGACGAUGAACUCAGAAACCUUUGCUUCCAAAGGAGGAAUAUGGAGAAAAGAAAAUGUUGGGGUAAAGGGACACAGGCAAAAACCUCAUAUAAUAGCACAUAUUGGUCAACACCAGUAGCUGUGAGUAAAGAGUUUACAAAUGCAAACAAUCAAAAUGACCAUCCAGCAUCUAUGCAGCUUACCCAAAUCCUGUCUAAAUGGAGACAAGAAUGCAUGCCUGGUAUAGACAACUCAAAUGGGCCACUUGAGAAACCAUCAGAGCAUCAUCCUCAAGAAGUGUCUGCUCACACUACACUUCCAAACCCUGAAAAAAAAGGAGGUGAUGUGUAUGAAGUGACUCCAGAAACUGUAGGUGGUGCUUGUGUUGAGCCUUCCUGUUCCCCUGCAUUGGUCCAAAGUAGAGUGGAUGCUCACAGAUACAACCUGACCAUAACAGCAAGACAAGAUUGUACAGAUCAGAAGAAAACAAAUGUGCAUGAAGCUGUUCUCCAAAAUCCACAAGAAAAAGCAAUAAAUGCAGUUUUUCAGCCCAUGGCAAGAAAAGACAUGAGUGAAGUACAGCCAUACUCUGAUUCUCUUCCAUCUGUUUCUUCACUGCCUGAGACGACGCUUGAAAGCCAAACUUCAAAAAAUGAUGGCCAGGUAUUGGAGACUGCUGAAAAUGUUCAGUGUCAUGCUGUUUAUAUGAAGAGAAAGAAAUCAAAUGAAAGUGAAAAAGAACAGAGUGAGACGUCUCCAGAGAAUUACAACAUCCAGACAACCAAGAAAAGAAAACAGGACAUUUCUCAUAAUGUGAAUAAUCCGAAUCCAGAGAGAAAUAGCCAAAUAUUCAAAAAAGGCAAUGUGAAUAAGUUGUUGGUGCUGUCUUUGAAAGAAGACGAGUUGACUCGCUCUUUGGAGAAUGUAGGCGACCAGCUGAUCCAGGCACAAUCCAUUUUACAGAGCACAUACACAGAAGUUCAGCGUCUGCUAGCUGUUAAACAACAGGUAACCUCAGAGAUGGCCUCACUCAGGGAAAAGCGCAUAAAGAUACUACAGCAAAUGAAGAAUACCAGUUAGGGUUCCAGUCCUCCAGACCAGCAGAUGGCACUACAGGACCUACAUCUCACAACACUGACUGGUCUCCAUGAUCUCCCCUCAGAGCAAAGAAUGCAUAAGUUUGAUAGCUGUUCACAUAUAAUUUUGCACUAAUUUACUCCAAUCGAUGCUGAUUAUUCCUAGAAAUGACAUUUUUGAAUAGCUAUAGCACUUUAGAAUCUAGGAAUGACCUUUUUUGUAUAUAGUUUUGAGAAAUAAUAUAUAUUUUGUUAAGAUUAUCUGCCGAAUUAUGUCAAGCUAUGAGAGCAUGUUUGUGCUCCUAAGCAGAGCUGUUACAUGUCUUAAGAUUAAGGUCAGUUUCAAAAUAGCAUCAUAAUAGCAAAUCUUUAAUAAUAGCAUAAGCUGAAUAUGUUUGUUUAUUGUUCAAUAUAGUAAUUUUCUUAGGAAUCUGAAAACAGCUAGAAAUAUUCUGGUUGUUUUUAUGUGUGAUUUUGCUACUCUAGCACAAGACGCUUUGUUUACACUUAAGGUAAAUCAUGUGUUUAUCCAUUGUUUGCAAUCAUGAGCACAUUUUUUUGCACUAUUUUGAGCUGUAUGUUUAUGCUCAGCAAUACAUACUAAGAGCAACUAGUGGAAUAGAAUGGUGAAACACUUUAUUCAGUUUAUUAAUUUACAGUUGCCCAGAAGCACACACAGUUUACAAGAAUGAUGUGUUUAGAUGUGUCAACAUUUUACUUUAAAGGGGCAAUCUGAAUGAGGCAUCAUGGUCCAUUCAGUUACUCAAAAUCAAAUUGGUUUGUACUUGA